AUGAGUAAACGUACGCGAGAAUUUGAGUGUACCAACGACCCGGAUAUGUUCUGUUACAUAUGCGGUGAAUAUACUCUUGUACGGCAUCGGAGGCAGUUUAGAGAUUCGAUCCAAUCUAUAUAUCCAAAAUAUUUUGGUAUUGAGCCUAAAAAUAUUGAUAAACCAUGGACUCCGAAUAUUUUGUGUUCCUUGUGUCAAAUAAUAUUGGUUCAAUGGGAAUCAGGAUCAACAAAGCGAUACGUGAAAUUUAAUGUACCAAUGAUAUGGCGAGAACCUACAUGCCACACAGAAGAUUGCUAUAUUUGUAUGACAAAAGUACUUGGCUUUGGAAAAUCAAGAAAAGUGAUUUAUGCCAACGUACCUACCGUUUCAUUGCCAGUUCCACAUUCAGCUGAAGUUGCGUAUCCAGUUUCGUUGUCAACAGCAGUAUCAUCUGAAUAUGGGAAAUCAAGUUGUAAUGAAUUUUUAAUGAAAAACGAGAGAAACGUUCUAUCACAAGCUCAACUAAAUGAUUGGAUUAGAGAUUGGGAAUUAUCCAAGGAAAAAGCUGAGCUACAUGCCUCUCGUAUGCAACAAUUUCAAUUCGUGUCACCCCAUGUUAAGGUGACAUAUUAUAGAAAUCGUCACGAACCAUUUGCCAAACCCUAUAUGAAGGAAGAUAAUGUAUGCUAUUGCAAAGACAUUCCAGGAUUAUUCAAAGAGUUUGGUCAACCAUAUGAUUCCGAGGAGUGGCGAUUGUUCAUAGACAGCAAUAAACUGAGCUUGAAGGCCGUAUUACUGCAUAAUGGCAACAAAAAGCCCUCAAUCCCGAUCGCGCAUGCAGUAAACACGAAGGAAACAUACGAGGUAAUGGAUAAAUUGUUAGAAUUCAUCAAAUAUGAAGAGCAUGAUUGGAAAAUAUGUGCCGAUCUUAAAGUCGUUGGAAUGUUAUGCGGUCUACAAAGUGGCUACACAAAACACUGCUGCUUUCUCUGCAAAUGGGAUAGACCACUAUUGCAUUAA